AUGGAUCGAGUAACUCAUAUCAUUGAUCCACAUGGCGAAGUGGUGAUAAUAUUGCGCAAUGCAGAUUCUCCUUUUGCGGAACCAGAUGAAGAUAUGGUUGCCAGCAUUGGCGAUUCUGUGCAGGAUCCUACAGAGAAAACUGAAACUUCGCCGAACCAUAUGGCAAAUUCAAUGCAGUCUAAGAAAAGAAAAAAGAAGAAGAAUUUAUGUAGCGCCUUUUGGACUUCUUUUGAGCCCACUCCACUGCCAGUAGAACAGUCCGCCCCAGCGCCUGCCGAAGGACAACCUGCCGAAGAGCAACCUGCUGAAGAUCCAAUCGAAAUCGGACGUGAAACGCAGGACGAGAGUUGCUUCCGCAUCCAAGUCUCUGCAAAGCAUUUAAUGCUUGCCUCUUCAGUUUUCAAGAAAAUACUCACUGGCGGCUGGAAGGAAAGUGUUGCUUAUCUGCAAAAAGGCUCAGUCGAGAUUACUGUAGAGAGCUGGGACAUCAAAGCGCUCUUGAUCCUACUCUGUGCUAUUUAUAGCCAACACUACCGUAUACCGCGAACGUUGACUCUUGAGAUGCUUGCUAAGGUGACUGUCCUAGCCGACUACUAUGACUGUAAGGAAGCCAUGUGCGUUUGGAUGACUAUCUGGAUCGACGCUCUGGAAGAAAGGAUCCCCUCGACAUAUUCUCGAGAUUUAUUUCAGUGGUUAUGGAUCUCCUGGUUUUUCAAACUCCCAAACCAGUUCAAACAGGUAACAUCGACUGCCAUGUCACGGAGUAAUGGUUGGAUUAACAACGGUCUGGGGCUUCCGAUACCUGAUAAAGUCAUAAGUAAGGCUCGACGAACUCCAAAUGUGCUCAGUCACUAA